GGGAAAAUGCGUUUGCGGCUGCCGGGCCGGGGCUCGGGCUUUCCCACGGCGGAGUCUCCGGGAGCCCAGGCCCUCGGGGCGCCGCCAUGUCCGAGGCUUAUUUCCGGGUGGAGUCGGGCGCGCUGGGCCCCGAGGAGAACUUUCUAUCCUUAGACGACAUCCUCAUGUCCCAGGAGAAGCUGCCGGUGCUGACGGAGACGCCGCUGCCGCGCCUGGGCGCCUUCCUCCGGGAUCGGGCCGCCGAGCCGGAGCGCGCGCUGCCGCAGGGCUCAAAGCUUGAAAUUCCCUUGUGGCUGGCGAAAGGACUUUUUGACAACAAGCGUCGCAUCCUUUCUGUGGAGCUUCCCAAGAUCUACCAAGAAGGCUGGAGGACUGUGUUCAGUGCAGAUGCCAACGUGGUGGACCUGCACAAGCUGGGGCCCCAUUUCUACGCAUUCGGCUCGCAGCUCCUCCACUUUGACAGUGCGGAGAACCCAGACAUUUCCCAGUCGCUGCUGCAGACUUUCAUUGGACGUUUCCGCCGCAUCAUGGACUCCUCACAGAAUGCCUACAAUGAAGAUACUUCAGCACUGGUGGCCAGGCUGGAUGAGAUGGAAAGGGGCUUAUUUCAAACAGGACAGAAAGGACUGAAUGACUUUCAGUGUUGGGAAAAGGGUCAAGCUUCUCAGAUCACAGUUUCCAACCUUGUUCAGAAUUACAAGAAGAGAAAAUUCACUGACAUGGAUGACUGAAAGCCUAAAGAACACAGAAUUGCUCUUAGGGGACUUAUCCCUUGGUGUCCUUGGUAAGACCCAGAUGACCUUGAGAUCAAAUCAUGUCCCAUUUUAUAUUUUUUAACCUGCAUCAGUCUCCAGAGUUGCGACUGUCGAUAAGAAGGGGAUGGUCUGAAGGGUGUCUUGACCCUGUAAGUCUUCCUGGACUUUUUCUACCACUGCCUAGGCCUUUGGACCCUAGAGAAAUCAGUCCGUCCUAAAUAAUCCAAAUGAGUUGGAGCUGGGCUUCCAGUGUCUGGGAGUAGAAACAGCCUCAGAUGUCCACUUUCACUGGCUACAGCAGACAUACAAAGUGGGUCACUUUCGCCUAUUCAUAAAAUGUUCUUUUGAGCUUGUUCAUCUUCCUUGUGGUUGAACAAAGGAUAGCAUCUCUGGCCUGCUGUACUGCCUUGAAAAUACUUCCUGUAGCCUGCCAGUGGGGAGUUACCCCAGUUUCCAAAACAGUCACCAAGAUGAAGGAGGAAAAGGGAAAGAGAGAUGAAUGGCAUGGCAGGAAAGAGAAAAUGUUGGUUCCAGACCCUGGAGUCAAAUUGCUGCAGCCCAGGGGGCCCUUGUGAAAGAGCUCCUGCUGUCUCCAGGAUCUCGGGGGCACCACACACUCCAUUCCCUGACUAGAAGGGCUGCCAGGCCAUCAUUUGGAAUUGCAAAAUAGUUUAUUAAAGGCUGUUAACUAGCCUGUAUUACAUCUAAAAUCAGGACUGGAGAGUUGUGGGUUAUAAAGAAGUGUGGCAGAAAUUAAGUGGGCAAGUCACGAGGCCUUGAUUGUAUAUUUUCCGUGCAGAAAGUUCCACAUUAUUGCUGCGUAGAGGACCCUGCCCAUUUACUAGGAAUCUCUUUAAGCCAAACCAAAUGCUUCCCUGGAGGGCCACAGAAAACCUGGCUGAGAAACAGGAUUUCCUGGGACCCAUUAGACCGUGGGCCCUUUCUCUAUACUACAGUCCCCUCUUCUCAUAGCUACAACUAGCAGAGAUUGCUUUUGUUUCUGGAAAUCCUACAAGGAUGUAGAUAUCUAGAUUAUGCAGAUGUAAGCUUAGAAUGACAGAAAUAUGUUUAAAAUGCCUGUUUUAGGAUAAAGUUGUUUUAUGACUUAAUUUUAGGGCUGGAUGAUCAGCUUUUCCUACAAAUUCAUUCUAUGCAAGUACUGUUUCUGUAGCUCCAGAACUGCAGGUGCUCUGCCAACCAAAAAGGUUGUCUUUGAUCCUAUAAUAUACCCAAUACAGUAAUACCCAAAUAAAUCCUCCUUUUAAUAACU